AUGAUCCCUCCAUUCGACUACUUUGAGCAUCGCUCGGCAUGCAAGCAGAAACAACACGAACGCUCAAGUCGAAUCGCAACGCUCCCACAAACCUACCAAACGCCAUUGUCGACCGUUGAACGAGAGAUCUUGAACGAAUCCAUCGAUAAGCUCGUCGAGAAUGUCCAAAACAGCACCACCAAUGCCGUCGAUGUCCUACGAGCGUACGGGAAGGCGGCGGUCAAGGCACAAGAGAAGACGAACUGCGUUACUGAGGUGAUGGUGAAAGAAGCGGAACAAUGGAUCAACAGUGGAGACAUCAACUUGAAGGGACCCCUUGCUGGUAUACCCGUGAGUCUGAAGGACAGCAUUCAAGUCGGAGGCUUUGAUACUACUGUUGGAUAUUCUUGCAAUGUGGGCAAGCCGGCGCCAGUCGAUGGAGCUAUUGUUCGCAUGCUCAAGGAUGCUGGAGCCGUGCCUUUCGUCAAGACGGCCCUGCCCAUCACUCUGUUGAGCUUCGAGAGCUUCAACGAUGUCUGGGGUCGGUGUCUGAAUCCACACAACCCAAAGUACUCUCCAGGUGGCAGUACAGGUGGAGAGGGCGCGAUCCUUGCCUUUGGUGGCAGCAGGAUAGGCAUUGGCUCAGACGUCGCUGGUUCAGUACGAGCUCCAGCACACUUCUCGGGAUGUUACAGUAUUCGCUGCAGUACUGGAAGAUGGCCGAAGCUGGGAGUUUCAACAUCCAUGCCUGGACAAGAAGGUAUCCCAUCCGUCUUCUCGCCAAUGGCUCGCACACUUCUGGAUCUCACCUACUUCACACGCUCGUUCAUUCAGAUGAAGCCAUGGACAUACGAUCAAUCCGUCCACCCCAUUCCUUGGAAUGCCGACACCGAGCACGAGUUUCUCGACAAGAAGAAGCUCAAGAUCGGCAUCAUGCGAACCGACGAGGUCGUCGAUCCUGCUCCAGCAUGCUCCCGCGCCCUUCAAAUGGCCGCUGACGCCCUUUCAGGACAAGGCCACGAAGUCUUCGACGUCACUCCUCCCAGCCCCUACGAAGCAAUGGUCAUCGCCAGCAAUCUCCUCAACGCCGACGGCACCAGAACAUUCCGCUCCUACUUCCGCACCGGCGAGACCGACGACGCUGGUGCCCGUGAAUUUGGCCGAUACAUGCGACUCCCACGAUUCUUGAAAUGGUUCUACUAUGCUUACGUCAAAUACAUCAAGCGAGAUUUCAUCUGGGCUGGUCUCCUCGAACACUGGCAUGAGAAGUCCGCGUACGAGAACUGGCAAUGGGUCUACAAGCGGGAAGUCUACAAAGCCAAGUUCCACGCUUGGUGGAAUGAGUUUGGAACCAAAGGCGAUGGCAUGGAUGUGAUGUUGACGCCGCCGAAUGCUACGCCUGCUGUGCCGCAUGAUGGUAUGAAGGACGCUGCGUCGAGCUGUGGAUACACGUUCUUGUUCAAUUUGCUGGAUUACACUUGUGGUAUCUUGCCGGUUACGCAUGUGGAUGCGAACAGGGAUGUGCUGCCCGCAAGUGUCAACGUCAAGAAGAUGAAUGGUGUUGCGAGGGGUGCGUACAAGCAUUAUGAUGCGGCCACGAUGGCUGGUUUGCCGGUUGCGGUGCAAGUCGUUGGGAGAAGACUGGAAGAAGAGAAGGUCCUGGCUGUGAUGAAGAGAUUGGAAGAUGCGCUCGAGUCAAGAGGCGAGAAGUAUCAGCUUUUGGAGGUGCUCUAG